GUGUCAGCGUGACUUAAGAGCCAGUCCGACGAAAACAUCACCGGCAGUCUGUCCGCCGACGACAACGCUCUUCCGUCGACUUAUCGACUUAUCCAGUCGUGAAGCGGUCGCUCCGACUCAGUCGAAAUUUCUGGUGCCGUCUGUCCUCACCCAUCCCCAGUCGUGUGAUCGUUCGUGGAAGAUCGGCUGUCUUCUCGCUUCUCGCGCACACACGGAGGUAUCACCAGAAUCUCUUCAGGAGACCGCCCACGACGAAGAAGAUUUUGUCUCCAUAGACACGACCUCAAGCCGAUCUCUCUUUCUCCGAACUCGCGCAAACUUCGACAAACAUGACGAUCCCGAUGACAGACACGACGCUGGACCUGGAGAAGACGACGAUAGCGCGUUGCGUCCGACGCAGUCCUUUCCGCAGCUGGCCUGCCUGGGUCUACUUCGGUGUGUUCCUCAUGAGCUUCGGCGUCUUCUACAUCUUCUGGUGCACCGAAAACUUGCAUGACUACGUGCAGUUGCAACUGCAACUACGCAACGGCACCAAGGCCAUGUCCAUGUGGGAGCGUCCUCCCGCCAAAUUGAUUCUCGAGGUCUACGUGUUCAAUUUCACUAACGUGGAGGACUUUCUGUCCUAUCGGGCGGACAAGCUUCACGUCGAGGAGCUCGGCCCUUACAUCUACCUAGAGACGAAGAAACGCAUCAACGUGGUGAGCGAGAACGACACGUUGACUUAUCAGGAGGAGAAUGACUAUGAAUGGGUAGGCGGCAGAUCUGAAGAUGACCUUAUCGUAAUGCCGAACGUACCCUUGCUGUCAUCCUCCGCGUACGCCACGAACCUGAACUUUGCAGCGCAGCUCAGUCUCACCGCGCUGCUUUCAUCCUUCAAGGAGAAGUCAUUCAUCCAUGUAAAAGCCGGCGACUUUUUCUGGGGAUACGAUGACAGUUUCUUUGACGUAGCCAAGCCGUUUAUAAGACUCAAGCAUGAUGUGCCGUUCGAGAAGUUCGGGAUAUUAGCUCUGAAAAAAGGCGUCGACAAGGAUCGCAUCACGAUAAACGCGGGAACGCAAGACAUCAACAAACUCGGUGUAUUUGAGCGGUUGAACGGGCAGAGCAGCCAUCAUGUUUGGGGUGACGAGCGAUGCGAUAAACUCGAAGGCACCGACGGCAGCGUCUUCCCGCCUAAUUUAGUAUAUAACAGAAACGAUACUUUACAUAUAUAUGCUAAGCACCUGUGCAGGAGCAUAGCCUUUGAGUUUCAUAAACAUGUGACCACUUCCAACAUACCUAUCUUGAGGUAUGUAUCAACACAGGAAAUGUUUUCGACCAAGGACAACAAGUGUUUCUGCCCGAAAAUCGGCGAUUUGAGAGUAUGUCCACCCAAAGGGAUCUUCGACAUUUCUGUGUGCGCCAAUGACUCACCUAUGAUGAUGUCGUUACCGCACUUUUUAUUCGCCGACAAGUCAUUGCUGGAGCAAAUAGACGGCCUUCACCCUCGCAUUGACGAUCACAUGACCUACCUGGAUAUAUAUCCGUAUACCGCGACUCCCAUCGGCGGUUGGUCAAAGAUUCAGAUCAACAUACAGGUGCGAAAAGCAGUCGGCGUACCGCUCCUCGGGAGACUCAAAGACGAGAUGAUACUCCCUCUCAUCUGGCUCAACCAAGGUUUGAGCGAGACCGACAUUCCACAGAAUUUACAAGAUAUCCUUUACCAGUUAAACGUCACAUUGCGCAUCACAGAGGCGGUCUUGCAAUGGAGCAGUCUGGUAGGUAUGAUCCUCUCUAUGGGCGCACUACUGGUUUGCUUCAAGAAGCAUCGCAUGGAACAUCCGGACGUGGGACUCCAAAUGAAUUUGGCGGAACAGAACAAGCUUGGAUUGGCAUAAAUAAAUCGAAAGAAGCUAGAAGGAAGUAAGGAAGGAAUCGAAGUAAGAAAGAACACGAACGAGCAGGGACCACUCGGUUCAGGAAGAGAAGGAGGGAAGGAAGUUUCCAAGGGUGCGAUAAAGAUGGGUGUUCGAAAGACUCGUCCUAACUUUUUAGAUAUUUUUCAAAUUCGUUCUUUGGACGUUGUUGGACUUCCGCGCGGUCUGACUUGUAUGGAAGAUCCACGGGUUUCGCGGGCCGUCAUGGUCGCCCGCGGGAUCAGAGACUACUCUGGACGCAUAAUGAACGUUAAGGACGCCCAUUUAAUUCCAAGCCUCGCUUUCUUUAUACAAGAAAGUCAGGUAUAACGUUGUUCUAGCUUAACAAUUAUAUAUUUAACGUUCAAUACGCGUCCAGAACAGAGUCUCAGCACAUGCGGGAGUGAAUUCGGGACAUUUUAGCGUAGAGUUAUCGAUAAUGUUACGUGAUUUUUAAAUAACGUACGGUUGGGCCUAGUGAUCCGAUUGUACGCGAAAGAAUUUGGUCAUAACGAAAAAAAUACAAUCUCUACGACUAAUUUCUAAAGUAUUAUUCGCCCGUGUUGAAUAUUCCGUUAACAAUGUCUUUCGCUCUGAUCAGAUGUUCGCUUUCAAACGAUUCACCGGGUCUUACGAAUAAAACUAGGACGACGCUUUCACAGUGAUUCACAGGAAACAUUGAAAGAAUAAUACGAGCAAAAAUAACGGUGCCUACUUAGCUCUUUCGCAACAAAUGGCCACUAUAGUGGCCGCGAAACUGUCCCUGUAUACAAAUGGUGCGGAGUUUCUAUGGUGCGGAAAAAAUGUGCAUAUGUUACGUUGACGUACCGCGUUGUGACCGAGCGAACAAAAGAUACAGAGCAUGCAUACGAAUGCACAUACACACAGAUCCGUAUUGACAGUCGUUGACUCGAAAUUUGCAUGUGAAGGUACGCUGCAAUGAGAAAACUUGUUCUCUUCUGAGAAUUAAUGGAAAACAAGCUUUCUCGUGAGACCAUCGACCGCGUUUCAAACUCAAUCAAGAAAACAGUGUUCGAACCGUAUUGAAACCGAGUGCACUUAGACUUGUACAAUUGUCACCUGAAACUAGUCUCAUGCGAGAUGCUCAGAUCUGAAGUCAGUUGAGCCUUUCCGUUGAAGCGUACGAUACAUUUGAGACUGCAUCUGCAGUCGCGAUUCAACUGAGAACUCACGUUUAACUCUGAACUCAAAUCUGAGUAUCUCGAGAUAGUUUCUCUCUUGAGAUAGUUUCAAGUGACGACUGUUAAUAACUAAAUUUACAGUUAGAUCGAGGUUCCUCAGUUGAAUUAUAUCGCAUAAUUAUAUACGUAUGUUUCGUGAAAUGUUCAUGAAACAUCAGACACGAGUCCACGCGACACCAACGCGAAAGCAUUCCUCCACAUCGCGGAAGCUUAUAAUAUCAGACGACACACUUGUAAUCAUAAAUUAAAAAAGAACAUCUAAUUUCAAACUCAAAUCUAUGUGUUUCACUUGAAACACAGUUUCAACUUGUCUAACAUGAUUAACGACCAUUAAUACGGACCACACACACAUACACGCCCGGAACAACGCGGCCAAGCUGUGAUUGAAAUUUUAGCGUAUGUCGAAUAAUGUGCAAUUAUGUUGACGGCCGCGAUCCGCCCCGCAAUGCGGCAUUUACAUUCGUCAUGUUAUUACCGAACGCAAGCGUGACACGCGCGCCACUGAUGUGUAAUAAAUGAUCGUACUUAAUCGCGGUGACGCUUCGCGAUAGCGCGGGCGUCAAUCAAUCAACUCGCUCGUUAUUUCGACCCAAGCAGGAUUCGACUUUGGGUGCUUUAAACCUAGUAAGUAAGUUUCAUUGGGCUCUUGACUCUCAUAACUCUCGAAGCGAUAGUACUCGUGAUAUUUAACCGAUAUGUGUGCGUACAUCUCUUGUUUUCUAAUAAAAUUCUUAUGCGUUCAA